AUGUUGGUAGUAAAACCUGAGAUGUCUACCAGCUCCACCCCAACCCCAGCGACGCGACAUGACUGGAGAAGAGAGGAAAUUCAGACAAUCUACGACUCGCCAUUGAUGGAACUGGUCUUCCGUGCAGCAUCGAUCCAUAGACAACAUCAAGAUCCAAGCAAAAUUCAGCUAUGUACACUCAUGAACAUCAAAACCGGAGGAUGCACUGAGGAUUGCUCUUAUUGUUCCCAAUCUUCGAGGUAUUCGACGCCAACGAAGGCUUCGCGUCUGGUCGACAUCGAACCUGUCCUCGAGGCGGCCCGGAAGGCCAAAGAGAACGGAAGCACCCGCUUCUGCAUGGGUGCUGCCUGGAGAGAUCUUGCUGGUCGCAAGCGAGGGUUCGAGAGAAUCCUCCAGAUGGUCCGCGAAGUCCGCGGUAUGGGCAUGGAAGUUUGCACCACACUUGGCAUGCUUUCGCCUGAACAAGCACGUCAACUCAAGGAGGCUGGCUUGACUGCUUACAAUCACAACCUCGACACGUCGAGAGAAUUCUACCCCCAAGUUAUUACUACACGCUCGUACGAUGAACGUUUGGAUACGAUUGCUGCCGUGCGAGAAGCUGGAAUUAGUGUCUGCUCUGGGGGUAUUUUGGGCUUGGGUGAAUCGGAUGCGGACCGCGUAGGUCUCAUUUGGGAGGUUUCCAACAUGCCGGAACAUCCGGAAUCGUUCCCAGUCAAUGCUUUGGUUCCGAUCGAAGGCACGCCCUUGGAGAAAAACGAGAGGGUUCCCCACCACACCUUGCUUCGAACCAUCGCGACUGCAAGAAUAGUAAUGCCCAAGACUAUUAUCAGAUUGGCUGCUGGACGCAACACCCUUUCCGAAGCUGAACAAGCAAUGUGUUUCAUGGCUGGAGCGAACGCUGUAUUUACAGGCGAACAGAUGCUCACCACGCCUUGUUCUCCUUGGGAUGAGGAUAAGGCGAUGAUGUCGCGAUGGGGACUGGAAGGGAUGGUCAGUUUCCAGCAAGAGAGCGUUGCGGAGAAGGAGAGGGGGCGACUUGAGGCUGCAUCUAUGUGA